UUUUUAAAGGGCCAGUAGCGGAAGAAAGUUGCGGGCAGAGUUUCCUUGAGGAGGGGGGGGGGCGCUUCUUCGGGCUCCCUGAUUGGUCCUUGUCCGGCCCCUUCAGGGUUGGCAAACAGAGCGCCGCGCCUUGGUUGGGGCCGACUGUCUGGGGAGCCUCUGGCCGCAGAAUGGAGCAGGCAGCGCCUAAAAGCAAGCUUAAAAAGCUCAGUGAAGACAGCUUGACUAAACAGCCUGAAGAAGUAUUUGAUGUCUUGGAGAAGCUUGGUGAAGGGUCUUAUGGCAGUGUUUUUAAAGCUAUUCAUAAGGAAUCGGGACAAGUCGUAGCAAUUAAACAAGUCCCCGUUGAAUCAGAUCUACAGGAAAUAAUUAAAGAAAUUUCCAUAAUGCAACAAUGUGACAGUCCUUUUGUUGUCAAGUACUAUGGCAGCUAUUUUAAGAACACAGACCUCUGGAUUGUUAUGGAGUACUGUGGAGCUGGUUCUGUCUCUGACAUAAUUAGAUUACGAAAUAAAACGGCAAUAUUUAUGAUUCCCACAAAUCCCCCGCCAACAUUCCGGAAGCCAGAGCUUUGGUCUGAUGAAUUCACCGACUUUGUGAAGAAAUGUUUGGUGAAGAAUCCUGAGCAGAGAGCUACCGCAACUCACCUUCUGCAGCAUCCUUUUAUUAGAAAUGCCAAGCAAGUCUCAAUUUUGAGAGACCUGAUUAUUGAAGCUAUGGAAAUUAAGACCAAAAAGCAUGAAGAACAGCAGAGGGAACUGGAAGAAGAGGAUGAAAACUCGGAUGAAGAUGAGCUGGAUUCCCACACCAUGGUGAAGACUACAUCUGAUACUGCUGGUACAAUGAGGGCUACAAGUACUAUGAGUGACAGUGCUCAGACCAUGAUUGAACAUAACAGCACCAUGCUAGAAUCUGAUUUGGGGACCAUGGUAAUAAAUAGUGAUGAUGAUGAUGAAGAAGAUGAAGAUGGAACCAUGAAAAGAAACGCUACAUCACCACAGGCUCAACGACCUUCAUUUAUGGACUAUUUUGAUAAACAGGAUUCCAAAAAUAAGGCCCAUGAAAACUGCAACCAAAAUAUACACGAAUCUUAUCACAUAGCGAAGAAUAUUUUCCCUGAUAACUGGAAAGUUCCCCAGGAUGGUGACUUUGAUUUUUUAAAAAACCUAAGUUUGGAAGAGCUACAGAUGAGAUUAAAAGCUUUAGAUCCAAUGAUGGAGCGUGAAAUUGAAGAGCUUCGUCAAAGAUAUACUGCUAAAAGACAACCAAUUCUGGAUGCUAUGGAUGCAAAAAAAAGAAGGCAACAAAACUUCUGAUUUUCUUAAGAAGAUAAUGAUACAAGUUGAUGUGGACACUGCGAGAGUCUUCAUAACUACAGUUUUUGAAAGGCGAGUCGUUUGAGCUUUGCAACAACUCAAGCAGAAGGACAAAAGGAAAGCACGCUAAAUGUCCUUGAGCCCAAGUGAAAAAUAUGUUCUGUUUUUCAUGUUUUGAUACAAUAGAUGUUUCACAUUCCUGAUCUCUUUCUGCAGUGUUUCAGUAAUGCUGGGUGUUAUGCAGUAAUGACUUGGGGUCCUAGUAAGACUUCAAGCUAUUUCAAAUUUUCCAAUUAAUGCAGAGCUUUAAGUGGCAAUGUAUGCGCCUAUCAUUUAAAGGCAUAUUUAUUCCACAUGCUUUGGUGAUUUAUUUAUUUUUAUGCUUGAUGCUUCUUAACUAUAAAUGGUGCUUGCAGUUAGUGGAAGCCAGGGCAGAGUAAGUUAAGUGUAUGUUAAUGGUCACACUCUAAAUGGAAUGUAUUGCUGUAUUAAGGGCUGACUCAGGUAGAGUAUUAGCUCCAGCUGGUUUGUAAGCACACACAUGGGUCUCAUGGGGUUUUGAUUCAGGAGCUUGAUGUUGAGUGUAGAGAAAUACUUACAUAAGGAUGAGCAUGCAGCCUACUCCUCUACUCUCUCGGGCAUCUCUCUUUGAAAAUAACAGGGUUCUGCAGUCUUAAGCAAAUCCUUUUUCCAGGGAAAUUACACUGGAGAAAUUCCAAGUGGGUUUUGUCUUAAGCCUGUCCCUUUCACAUACAAUAGGCAGGAUCUUACAAUGUAAGAAACAAGUGCCUAUAUACUGAGUUUUCUGUCUCUCCUUCCCACCUCCCUCCCUCCUCCUUUUCUUUUUAAAAUAGAAAAAUGCAGAUCACUGAGUUUAUGGUGCAUAUUUCUAUCUAUCACUCUUUUUCAUUUUGCAUAAUUUUCAGUAUUUCCUUUGGCUUCAUAAUAAAGGCUAUCUUAUAAUCUGCUUACCUAUUUACUCCACUUACCCUUUCCUCUUAUUUUAUAGAAAUUUGGAAAUGUUUUUCUAUUACAAACACACUGAGAAACACUAAUUGAAAAGCCAAAGAAAAUUACUCUGAUUCCAACAUUCUUUCAUGUUUUCUCUUUGUUUUCUUUAAUUUUUUUCCUGAUAGUUUCCCCUUCAGCAGCUCUUCUUUGUAAUCAUUUCCAUGAUAAUAAAUUCAUUCCUGUAGCUAUCCCAGUACUGUUGUGUAGAUAUUUUUAUCUGUUAUCUUAUGUGCUUUCCUGGAAAUAUGCUCUUUAAAUUCAAUUUCCUCAAUAUGCUAUAGCAUUCCCCCAUUUUUCAUUUAUUCUUCUGUCUAAUAUGUGAAAUGUAUUGUAUUGUCUAUAUUAAUAGCUACUUUUGUAUGCUUAUGGAAUCUAUUUUGUAAGUCAUAUUACAAUUAUGCUAAGAGGGCCACAGAUUUAUUUUGUCCUUACCUUCCCCCUUGCCACUAAUUUGCAUGUUAAGAUUCUGGAUUUUAGUGAAUUAUUUAUUUUAUUAUGUGAUUCAGUCAUUGUGAGCCACUAAAAUUGUGCACUGAAAACUGGAAGACCACAGUGUAUUCUGAAAAGCCUUAAAAUAUUUGAAAUAAAUUACCAUUCCUUUAUAUUUCAGCUGAGAACAAUUUUACCAUGUGUAUGAAUACACAUGCAUAAAUUGAUACCCAAAAUAUAAAUUGAAAAUCACAACCUUUUAUAGCUUAAAUGAGCUGCUAUAAACCAUAAUUUUUUUAAUAGAAUGAAAUAGAAAAAGUUAUGGUGGAAACCUCACUGGGGCUAAUGUCUCCUACUGUUUUUCAUAUCAGAUUGAUUGCAAUUUACUGUGAAAUUUUAUUUUUUAGGUAAGGCAUCUAAAUCGUUUUGCUAAAUAGCAAAUAGAUGUAUAGAUAAUUAUAAGUGAUUCUAAUGUAACUUAUAAAGCAUUCUUCCUAAUAUACUCUAUAAUAAUAUAUGAUAUUAAACAAAUUCAAUCAUAAUUGGUAUUAUGGGAGCCCCCUAUUUGAAGCAAUUGAAAUGCAAACAUAGUUGUGUGUAAUAAUAGCUACCAAAAGAGUCUGCAGAGUGCAAAUGGAAUAAGAAUGAUUCCUAUCUGUAAUUCUUGGCCAGUACAGGUGAAACUCGAAAAAUUAGAAUAUCGUGCAAAAGUUCAUUUAUUUCAGUAA